AUGCUUAUCUGCUCUAUCAAUGUUCACAUUAUUGUUAAAUCAGAGAUCUACGUUCAGUCUAAUAGUCUUUCUUUCUUUCUUUCUUUCUUUCUUUCUUUUUUUUCUUUCUUUCUUUCUUUCGUUCCUUCCUUCCUUCGUAUUUGGGCGAAUUACUUUCCUUUGUUCAUAUCUAUCUAUCUAUCUAUCUAUCUAUCUAUCAACCUGUUCAUAUCUAUCAACCCAUUCAAAACUAUCUAUGUGUUCAUAUCUAUCAAUCAACUUGUUCAUAACCUGUUCAUAUCUAUCUAUCAACGUGUUCAUAUCUGUCAAUCUGUUGAUAUCAAUCAACCUGUUCAUAUCUGUCUAUCAACCUGUUCAAAUCUAUCUAUCUAUCUAUCUAUCUAUCUAUCUAUCUAUCUAUCUAUCUAUCUAUCUAUCUAUCUAUCAACCUGUUCAUAUCUAUCAAUCUAUUCAAAUCUAUCUAUGUGUUCAUAUCUAUCAAUCAACUUGUUCAUAUCUUUUAACCUGCUCAUAUCUAUCAAUCUGUUCAUAUCUAUCUGUUCAUAUCUAUCUAUCAAUCUGUUCAUAUCUAUCUAUUCAUAUCUAUCUGUUCAUAUCUAUCUAUCAAUCUGUUUAUAUCUAUCUAUUCAUAUCUAUCUGUUCAUAUCUAUCUAUCAAUCUGUUCAUAUCUAUCUAUUCAUAUCUAUCUGUUCAUAUCUAUCUAUCAAUCUGUUCAUAUCUAUCUAUUCAUAUCUAUCUGUUCAUAUCUCCACGCGCGCUACCCAUUUUUCGCUCUCUCUAAUUCGUUCUUUCUGCCCACCAAGUCAAGUGCGGGUCGUUGAUUUGAAACAUAUGACCCAAACGUCAGCCUCCUUCUUCCCCAAGCCACUAUUUACCAUAAUUUUUCUAUCUAAUCAUCUAGUUACACCUUUUUUCUUUCCUUCUCUUACAAUGCGUUUGACGUCACAUGACCAAAGGGCGCGAACGCGGCCUGGAUACGGUCAUAACUUGACAGUCAGAAACUAA